GACCGCCCUAUAGCAGAUAUACUGCUACAGGGCGGCACCUGUGCGCAGAAUCACGUGUAUAUACGUCAUUUUGCAUUUCCGGGUAGGGGGUGCGCCGCCGCCAUUUGUGGAUGCGGAUGUCAAUCACCGGGUCCUGGCUGGUAAUUAUCCUUCGGCGCCCAGUUAUUACCGACAAUCACCGACGGGGAGGAAGAUUGUUUUGUUUACAAACAAUCUUCCUCCCUGUCAGCUCGAGCCCACUGCUUGGGAUAGCUGUGCACAGUACAGCCAUCCUGAUCAGUGUGCUUAUGGUGAAGAACACCCCCCCCCACCUAGUAAAACACUCCCAGCACACAGUUAACCCUUUGAUCGCCCCUCACAUUAACCCUUUCCUG